AAAUCAAAGGACUGGAGAAAAAACAAACCUGCUGUGAUUUGAAAUUCUCACAUAAAGAUUUUAGAAAAGGGAAGUUAGUGAAUACUUUCCCCAUAUGAUGUGUUUUUAGCUAAAAGUUGCUAAAUUACUCUUGAAAGAGAAAAAACUCCUCAACUUGUGUCCUGCUAUUUUUAGGUUGCUUACAAUUUGAAAGCGAACCAACUCUCGGAGAAUUACCAGGCCUUUAUCCCUAUAUUUGGUAAUGGAUUUUCAAUGGUGUGCUUUGGAUCCAAUGCCUUCCCUUGAGAUUUCACGAGUUCCACUCUUCUUCAGAUGCAAUUUGCAGAGUGAGGAGGAAAGAAAGAAUAUUGGGGUUAAGAUUCAAGAAAUGAAAUUUCUGGGUUGGUACAUAAAGCUUGCUGUUGGCUUUGCUUCAAUUGGGGCUGCCAUGGAGUACUUUAUGAUACAAACUGGCUUUUAUGAUAAAGUAACCGUCUUGGAGGCAGAGAAACGAGCUGAAGAGCUUGAUCCAAGAAACCAAGCUAUCAAGGAGGCUUUGAAUCCUUGGCGAAAACAAGAAUCGAUGAGAGAGAGAGAUCAUUAGACAUACAUUUACUUAUUCUUUGUAUUGGUUAGCAUUCUGAAGUAUAUGCAUUGUUGAAUUUAGUAUAAUUAACUACUUCAUCAUGUCUACAUUAUGCAUAAAGUCAAAUUGAUUCAUUGGCCUUAAAAUAUAUCGCACCCUUUUUUUCAUCACAGACAUUUAUAAGGUAAUUUGUAUCUCUAUAGCCAUGGCUAUGACCAAAUAAUGGUUAAUUUCACUGUCCAGCAGAUUAUCUA